AUGAAGUCCUCGACCUGCACUUUGCCUCCAUGCUCGGAUUUGUUGGCACCUCCUCCUCGGAAGUCUUCCGUGCUUGACGUGAACAACUUAUUGUCACCUGUUAACGAUAUGCCAGCUGCGCCAGCACCAUCAAACGUGUACCACCAUCAUCAUCAGCAACAAUACUACCACCCUUACGAACGUCAUGUUGGCGCCUACAGAGAACCACCCAUGCAUUCACAACCACAACAUCAGAUGCCACUCAAGGCUAAACGCAAGCGAGCUUCACCAGCACAAUUAUCGGUGCUUAAUCAUGUAUUCAGCCAAACCUACUUCCCAUCGACUGAGCUUCGCAUUGAGUUGGGAAAACAACUUGGCAUGAGUCCUAGGGCGGUACAAAUUUGGUUCCAGAACAAACGACAAUCGUUACGCACUCGUGAGCGUCAACAGCAAGAGCGCAAGCAUGCCAUGGCAUCAUCAUCAUCAUCAUCCAUGUCAUCUCCAUCCUCUGGUAGCAAGCAUCAUUACAUGCAUCAAAACCAUUACCCCUACUACACAAACGCCCUUCCACCUAUUUCUCCACCCUUGUCUCCACCUGAGCAAUCACCCUACCAUUACCAGCAACAUUCUUAUGCUGAGCAACAACAUCAUCGUCGUCGCUCUUCAUAUGAAUUGCUCCUUUUACAUGUUCCCAACACACCAUCAUCAACAUCAUCUUAUCCAAGCCCUACAUCCAUUGAUUCUAUCAUUUUGCAUUAA